AGGUACAGACGAGUCAUUCCAAGCUUCAGCAUCAAGGAAAUGAAGAUCGCACUAGCCCUGAACAUUACCGUACUGUUCAUGCUUACUGUAAAACUAGGUAAGUAUUUUUUUGUUCUUUUACGAGUGAAGUUUUCGAUUACAGAACAGAAAACAGAUUAGCAAGAAAGGUCGCGUUGCUGCAUCCCUUGAGUUUGUUUUGAUCAGUGAUCUGACUCGCAUUUGCCGGUAGCAAAGCCAUUAUGGGACCCUGGUCCUUAGCACUUGCUCAGAUAUUUCAAUGAAGUGAAUUUAUUGGUAGUAGUAAUGGUUGUAAGCUGUUAGGGGCUCAAAUUCUCGGUUUCAGUUUGGCUUCUACCGUUAGUACUAACACAAUAGUGAUAAUGAGUUCUGUAGUCUGUACAUGAAAUCCUCACGUAACCACAUAAAGCAAGUCACCAUGCUGUCCUAAACGUAGUAAUUCCUCUUUCUCAAAGGACGUGUUAUUUUUUACAGCCAAGCAAAGCCACAGCUAUAAUACAUCGACGCUAGUGUCGCCUUAUUCACCAAAAAAUUGCAUUUGCUAUCUACAACCAAGAAACGAAGCAUCUGUUAAUAGCUGUUUUGAAUACAAAUAUGACCCCAAAUAAAACUUAACAAGCGUUUUCUUUAAGUUCCAGUUUGUUAAUUUUAAAGUAUAAAGCUUCCGUGAGUUAAGUUGUUGUCCACUAAUUGUUCGUGAUCUCUGUCUUUUGUCGGCACAGUUGCCAUUAUCUGCUCCCCUGAUCUUGGUGCUGUUUUCCGCCAUCGCCGCUCAUCCUCGUAAAAUCACUGUCUUAGUGAUAAACUGUUCCACAUACUGCUCUUAUUUAGUUCCAGAAGGGUCUGCGGUGAAUUGUUGCGUUAAACUCUAAUUGCUUCUUAUUGAAUUAAUUGAACUUCAAUCGGUCACUUAAAUGCGGAAAAGAACAUUGAAGGCAUUAAAAUACCUGACGUCUCGAAAUUGUCACUCUCAAGUGUUAGCCAUUAGGUGACUGGUCGGCAAAAAGUUUUAAAACGGAGCAUCAGUCAAAAAUCUCAUGUUACAAUUGAAUUUUCACUUUUACACAGAGGAGACGCCGACUUCAAGUGUCGUAUUCAAUCCCAAAAUUGGCGUCUGCAGGGAAAAAAAAACUCUUCUUCCGGUGGCCACUUCUCUGGAACUGACUUCCCCAAACUCGGCGCUAGUUAAAAUCACCUUCUGCUUAAAAAAAUUUACAAUUCCAAAUAAAAGUAUGUGUGUUGAGGGAAGACGUUAGGUGACUAGUUACUGACUUUAUAGUUGAAAAUACAUUUAUUUCGUUACUUAUUAACCGUUUCAGCCUACGAGUACGGGUAAGGGAUGCACCAUUAGAAAUGUGAAGGGGGGGGUAGGACUUUCUGGAAAGGCAUGUUAUUUUUUUCACAACCAGCAGGAGUGCAGGAUUUUUUUUUCAACCUUCAAACCCUUGCACGAUUUUUUUUUUCCAAAAUGACUAUGCCCUCUUUUGGUCUUGUUUUACUAGACUGUUUCAACCGCGCAAAUGUUUUUUGUUGUAGUGUUCCAACAGAACACGUUUGUUUUAAGUAUAUUUUUUUCAUACUAAUUGAGAUUUUCUAUUGAAAUUUGGCGUGUGAAAACCCUGUUCAGGGUUCGCAGCCAAUCAGAAUGGCGAAACGACUUUCACACACGUGAAAAAAAAGCGUUUCGUCCAGUCACAGAUGUUUAGUACAUAAUGUAAUAGGACACCAAACACGUGCAGUGUUAGACAUGGACUUUUUUUCGCAUUGUAUGUCAGAUAAAUCUCUCUCGCUUUCUGGAUCUCACUCGCAAAGCCUUGCUCGUUCAAUUUCUGAUGCGAACCAACUCGUGCGUAAAUACCGUACGCCCGCGCUGCCCAUGAAGUAAUCUAUACGUUCAAACGUCCGAACUGAGUUCAGUGGCAGUUGAAACAGCUACACAAGCAGAUCAAACGGUGUUUUACCCAAAGUAAAGUAUUGCGAAGAAAGAGGAAGAAGAAUGCUCUAAAGGAAAAUAAAGAAAAACAAAAGAAGAAAUUUCAAGCAGGCGAGGACUGGAACACAGAGAAAGAACCUGAGGGAAGACAAGAAACAGAGAAACAGAAAGAAGGAAAGCAAGCAUCUCAGUCCUUAUCAUGCAAGGACUGGAACACAGAGAAAGAACCUGAGGGAAGACAAGAGACAGAAAAACAGAAAGAAAAGGAAGAAGAAGAAGAAGAAGAAGAAGAAGAAGAAGAAGAAGAAGAAGAAGAAGAAGAAAAAGAAGAAGUAAAACUGCAGCCAGCAUGUCAGUCUUCAUCAGGCGAGGACUGGGAUACAGAGGAAGAACUUGAAGAACAUUUCCUCUAAAUCCUACCAUAUGUCUGUGGCCCAUAUGUUUAGGUUCAAGUUUUUAUUAGAAUGCACCAUUUCUAUUUAUGGUUUUGCAAAGCAUUCAAAAUAUUUUGUGUUAGUUUGGGUAAAUAAUAUUCUUAAUACUUUUAAAUGCAGCGGGAUCUGCAGUGUGAUUGGUGUUUUUGGGACAUCUACUUUUGUUUAUAGCUGUAAACUUUAUGGAUUCAAGUAGCAACGCAUAUUGUACAACACCAACUCCAUAAACUUGCGUGCAAGUGGAACUAUUGACGUUGUUAACACAAUCUCACUUUAAUCCCAUUAAAACAAAAGUAUUUCAAUAAAAAAGUUUAUUUAAUUUAUAAAGUUAAACAAUUAUCACCACAGUCUCUUAAUUUAAUACUAUGGCAGCUAUAGAGAUCAAGGGCAUCAGAGUUGGUUCAAAUUGAAAUCUCUAUUUAGCCAGUAGAAAUUGUUUUUUCUGCCUGAAAUGUAGUUUGACAUGAAUUUAGGAAGUUGGGGGAAGGGGAUUUCCUGUUACAGAUCACAGAUUUAUUUUUCAGACUGUGUAAUAUAUUGUCGCAGUCACAUUGGUUAUCCAAGCAGGAUAUUUUUUUCUGGUUUCGUUGCAAUGCAGGAUUUUUUUUUCUUAAAAUUUUGUUUUGCAGGAUUUCUUUUUUUGUUUUUGGACUCCCCCCCCCUUCACAUUUCUAAUGGUGCAUCCCUAAGCGAACAUCUUUACCUCGUAGUUUUAUAAAAGGCAACCAUUAUUUCCCAGAUGUGAUAAUGAUGUAACCAUUCUACCCGGUAGCCAACGUUUCUCUCGGGUAAGAGGCAAUCUACCGGUAUUUACGGCUACGUGUACAGCUAAUUUAUCCGUACCUGUUCCCGUACACGGAAACGGUGCAUCUUCAGGUCUCUAUCAUCAAAGAAAACGAGAAAUUUCUACAUUUUAGAACGAUGAUGAAGUUAGCGUUACGUAAAGCAGGUACCAUUAGAUAGUGAUCUUUUGAAGCUGUUUUCCUAAUUGCAAACUUUGACCGCUAGAGGUUUUUGCGCUUAAUCAAACCACAAAACAAUUGUUUAUAGGUUUACUUUAAUACAGAACCUGUAGAACGUUUCUAAAGCAAAUUUGGCUAAUGGAGGGGGCUCUAGUGUCCCAAUGUCAUUAAGGGUUAAAGGUUAAUUCUUUGGCCUUACUAAGACUUAUUUUCCAUCAAUUUAGUCUUCAAAGGACUUAUCCGGCAUGGGAAAAAUGCUGACUGAAAUAGGGUUCAUAAGCCACAAGACAAGACACAUAGAAUCUUGACAAGCAGUGUUGAAACAAUAUCGACACUAUUCAUGACAUAUCGUGGCUUGAAAAAUCUUUUACCACUAUUACACAUAAACGACGAAAAUUCUAGCGGCUGCGAAAACAUCCGUUUGUCCUCGCUCUUCGCCGCUGGGGACGUUUCGUUCCUCCGCGCGAAACGUCCCCAGCGGCGAAGAGCGAGGACAAACGGAUGUUUUCGCAGGUUACUAAAAUUCAUGACAGGUUUACCUUAAACGGUGAGUCACUAGUGCUCUGGGUCUGUGGCCAUACAAGAAUGUUGAUUUUGCUUUAUUCGGUGUUCUUCUGAGAAGUAAAAUGUUUUUUUUUCUGUGCCAGCAGACUUCAUGAACAGAAAUUAGUUACACCACUGAUAAGGCGCAAAUUAUUUGGGUGUCUCCAGAAAAUCAUGGAAGAAUUUUAUUUCGAAACAGACUUUGACAGUGAUUAAAAAGCGCUUUGAUGAUGAUUGUUCUUCACCGUACAUUUUUCAGUUCUUGAUCGCUAACCAAUAAAUUUUGUAAAUGCCAUUAUUUAUUUGGACAUUAAUAAGAAAUGCUAAAGCUCUGCUUUCUCUGUCAGAUUGUAAACGCUCGAUCUCUCUAUUGGACAAACGGCAAAAAGCUUGAAAUGUUCAAUGGCUGGUUUCUGUUAUUAAGUUUAAGCUACCUUUAGACGUUUCCUGAUUGACAUAAAAGACAUGGCAAACGAAAAGCCGAAACAAGCAAAGUUCACCAAGUCUUCACACAGAGAAUCCUCAACUUCGAUCGAACGUAUUUCACGAAUUUAAGGUGCUGACAGCUAUAAACUAAAGAUGUUGCUAAUACGUGGUGUGCUUUUUAGGAAAGCUGUUUAAAUAAUCAUUGACAUAAUUAACUUAACCGUAUCCGGGUUUCAUUUCGGAUACCUACCCCUUUAUCUCCUCAUUUUUCAAUAAGGUCAAGAUAUCAUAUAUACAGCUUUUAUCGCAAAAAUCUACCAAGUGAAUUCUAAUGAUGAAAAUCAUGGCCAAGCUGUUGUUGUUUACCUGAAAGAUAGACGUUUCAAUGUUUUGCAUCUUUCAUGAUAAAACUAUCAGUUAAUGAAAAGAAAUGGACUAUUUUACUAGCCAGGACCAGCGCUCUUAUUCUUUUUAUUUCGAUUUGAAUAUUUGAUUUCGGGCCCAAAAGUUAUCGGGACUUUGGAGAAACGGGCCCCUAGCCGCAUAUAGGCAAUACCCGGGGGGAGUACUUUAGGAAUUUCUGAGUGGGGAUGUGCCGCUGGGACCCUGGAACCCUUAAGCUAUACCAGAUGUAGUUCAGCUGAAUUUUGCUACCGUGUACUAGAGUAAACUCCCCAAAUUCCCCCUAUCCUAGAGUACCUGUUUUCCAGAAACUACUGAGGUCACUAGCACAGACUAGCCAAAACAAAAUCUUAUACCACAAUCCCUAGUCUAGAUGAAAAUCUUCAACCGAGUGAUCAGUUUUCUGAAAAAUGAUACCCUAUUCUAGACCCAAACGCUGUGAUUUAUAUACCCUAUCCUGGAGUAAACGGCUUGAAAACCAUACCCUUCACAGCGGCACAUACAUGAACUGAAGCUAACUGAAAUAUAAUAGGGCUUGGCUUUUCAAGGUAACCAUAUGGGUAUAUCUACAUAUUUUGGCCUUGAUAAAGAUAUAUGGCUAAAUGAUAUGUUGAAUUCACUUCUUUGGACGGGGGAAUUGGUUUCAGAAGCCAGAUCUGAAAACGGGUAUGGCAAAGGGUUUUUGUUGGGUCAGGAUAUGGAAAACCAGGGGCACAUCAUCACCACAUCACCAGUAAUUUCGAAGAUUAUUCUUACCAGGGGCAGACUGGUGGUAAGACUUUGUGCCACCGGUACAUUGCAAUACACUUAUCCACUUAUCAAUCCUUACAGCCCCACUCUAGCACAAAACAUCCAAGCACUGGCAGAAGUAGCAAGCUGUCGAGGCUGUCUUGUCAAUAGGGCUGGGGUAAAUGCCCUGGGAAAGAGGUUGCCAUACAAGACUAUGAGCGCCUAACAAGAAAGAUAGGCGCGGGGCCUUAAGUAGAUGUUUGCAAACGGGAAUCAGAUACAGUGAAAAUCCCGCAACUACGAAUUGCCCGUUGAGCCCCGUCUCUACUGAGACCCUGUUUAGUUUAAAAUUUGAAACAGGUUCUUAAUUUCUAAAAUCUAUGAAAAAAUUCUGUACAAUUGGGCAAAAAAGACAAGUCAACAUUCAGAAUCCUCUCCUUUGCUUUAUCACUUACACUGCUGUGUAAUGGUAUGCAGAUUUUAUGAGAAAUAAGCUGAACCACUAAUAAAUACUCUUAGCUAUUUUGUAUAAAGAACCUCAGUUAACAGACUAAACUUGUGCUAACUACCAUUUAUAUAAGAAACUGUUUCGCCUGACUUGGAAAAAUCCAGGCUCUUUGUCGCUGGGUUUACUGCAUUUGCCUUUUGCCAGUGCUAAUUCAUAUCUGAUCGAUGGAUGAAGACCUCUGUCGUCGAGCUUUCAAAACUAGAAAAAAACGCGGUAGUCCUCCAGUCGAUGACGGACUAUUGCUGUAAUGGACUGAUCUCAAUAAGGGUAAAGAAUUACAGCACUCCAUGGCCAUUUAUCUGAUUAUGUGUCGUGUCGAUGAUUCAACGAUGCAGGGGCGGAUCCAGGAAUUUUUUUAGGAGGGGCUGCACUCGUCUCUUGCUCUACUUCAACACCAAUAAACCACAUAGUUUUUUUUUUGCAGAAUACCAGUUAUAUUAGAAAACCGCAGGUCAUCUCAGCGGGGGCGCUCCUCCUGCACCCUCCCCCUAGAUCCGCCCCUGCGAUGCAUUGUAGUUUUCAUUUCUGAGACUGUACUGGUGGAAAUUAGGGAAGUAAAUUUCAUUUUGUGUCAGUCUUUCUGAGAAAUUGCCCAUUAGGAGCUUUCCUUUAGAAGGCGGACAAAGCUUUGAGAAGGUGUUAUUUUGUAUCUUUGAAAAGGCAAAGCGCCCAGAUUGAUUAACGCAGUUUUGACGAACCUCGACCAUUUCCCCGAAACAUCUGAGUGCAGCGUCGUAAAAUUUGCCAAUUCGCAUUUAGUACAUAAAAGAAUCAAAGAACACUGAUAUUCAGAAUAAGAAGAAUCUUGUUGACAAAAUUUAAAAAUGUCAGUUAAUUGAUAAAAUUGAGGAAAGUGACUAAUUGAAAAAGUGAAUAAAUGAUCGUUUUCUUCGAAGUUGUCAUCUCUGUUCCAGCUUUCCUUUGAAAUUUUCUAUCGUUUCUCGGUCAUACUUCUCGCUCUUGUGACAUUCAUCUCAAAUAAGUCAUGGGGACAUUUACUCGAAUUUAGCCCGCAUAACAGGCUCUUUAAAUUUACGAGCCAAGCGAGGCGAACGCGCGAAUCGCCAGUAGAGGAGAGGAGAAAAAUAAAGCUUUAUGUGUUCUUCUCCCCUGGUCUCCCGUUCGCCUUAGCCUGAGUAUCAGGCCUUCCUAAGGGGCUAGGGGAGACGAGAUUUGUUCAGGAGUGAGGAUUGACAACCAAACCCUCAAGGCCAAGCUCUCCGGAACAAUAUUGACUUGUUCUAGUUGUAUUACGCUACUGUUCAUACUGUACGAAAACCUAUCCGGUAUAGUGUGUAAACAUAGACUAAACGUUCUUAUUGUUUGAUUUUAUAUAGGUGAGUCGAUCACGUGCAUCAAGUGUGGUCUAGGCAACGCAAGUUGUGAGAGAGAAGCGUUUACCAUUGACUGUUCAUCUGACAGUGAGUUUGGAGAACACUAUGACUCUUGUUUCUCAAUGACUGCUUAUGACGACAACAAAAGAACACAAAUUAAAGAUUGUGCCUUCCACUCGGCCUGCGACGAGCUUGAGCAGGCGUUGUGCAAACACUUCAAGACCGCUGGGAAUUCUACUGAUGCAAUGAACUGCCGAGUAGACUGCUGCAGAGGUGAUUUGUGUAAUGACGGUAAAGUCCGAUUUGCAGCGAUGAUCAGCGCCUCAGGUGGCUAUGACACUAUUAUUUUUUGGAUCUUUGCAACAGUAGCCUUCUUCUCCAUCGAAUUCGGCAUUAUUUUGCCGCGGUAA